AUGUACGGAAACCCGGACCAUGCCGACCAGAUUCGUCUUCAGCUUGCGGAUCAUAUUGCUGCCCACAGAGAUUACUUUAUACACUUCAUAGUCGCCGCCGGUGGAGAGCGGAGAGCUCCCAGACGAGCAGCUGCGUCCAGAUAUUCUUCUUCUUCCUCUUCUUCGUCGGUAAGCCCGGCACCUCCCUCGUCUGAAGACAUCGAACGCAGCUUCGAGUCCAAAUUGGAAGGAUGUCGAAAGAAUGGCACAUGGGGUGGCUCCGAAGACAUUCAAGCAUUUUGCCAGUCAUUCAAAGUCGACGUUCGCGUCUACAGCACGAAGGGCAUCCAGACCUUUCGUGAUGUUUAUGCUCCGGGCAGUGAGGAGAGGGCAAUUCUCCAUGUUGCUUUUCACGACUUCAACCACUACUCUUCAGUACGGCAUGUGGAUGGCCCUCAUACUGGACUGCCGCGCAUCCCAAAUGAUUUGAAAUCAGCUGAUCGGUCUUCAAAGACCUCGCCACCUUCCUACGCUGGAGCAAAGCGCUCUGCUGAUGACAGCGAGGAUGAAGACCCCCGCCCGGUUGUUCGCCGCAAGAAAGUCCGAGUGGGAGCACCAGAGAACAAAUUGACCAUGAAGUUACGUAGUCGGUCUUCCUCGCGAGCCUUGUCUCCACCACCUGCUAGCACAAAGCGCUCCGCUCAUGAGACUGCGGAUGAGGAUUCUCGCCCUACCCUUGGAGCAAAGCGCUCCGCUGAUGAGACUGCGGAUGAGGAUUCUCGCCCUGCCCUUGGAGCAAAGCGCUCCGCUGAUGAAAGCGAAGAUGAAGACCCCCGCCCGGCUGUUCGCCGCAAGAAAGUCCGAGUGGGAGCACCAGAGAACAAAUUGACCAUGAAGUUACGCCGGUCUUCCUCGCGAGCCUUGUCUCCUUCACCUGCUAGCACAAAGCGCUCCGCUGAUGAGACUGCGGAUGAGGAUCCUCGCCCUGCCCUUCGAAGGAAGAGGCUCCGCAGUCGCAUUAGUGCUUAA